UCCGGCGUCGACGGCGCAUAUAGCGUCAAUAACAACUAUGGCAUUUUUCACUCGGUCCCUUCAAGAUGUCCCAAAGGUAACGGUCAACGACGUGAGUCGAAUCAUACAAAAGUUAUGUCACACUUCGACAACCAAGAAAGAGAAGGGCUUCAAAUUGUAUGUGUCAAGCUACAUCCACAAUUUUGAAGGUAAGAUCUGGACGUGUUCUGUGUUUACAUGCCCAUAGCAUGCAUGCUAUCUAGUGCUAGCGCAGCAGGUGCAGCGUAGGCUAUGUUUACUAUUAUGUGUCAAUCACAGCCAAUUUUCCUAACGCCUUUGUCAAUGUCAGUUUCAAACAAGGAUUCAAGCACAGGAGAGGUAACGAUUAGGGCUGAGUGCUACAGAUCUAUGAGGAAAAGCCAAAAGCCUCACAGCUUAAGCAUUGUGCUUGGGGAUGCCCGUCCUGUGCAGCUACAAAGCUGCCAGUGUACCUGUGUGGCAGGUACAGCUGUGUGUAAUCAUGUGGCAGCACUGUUGUACCAGACUGCACAUUAUUGCCAGCUUAGCAUGACCUCUGUUCCCCCAACACACAGCUGCACAGAGACUGAACAGAAGUGGCAUAAGCCAAGAUCCAUGGGUGUUAAACCUGGUCUUGUAAAUGACAUGGUGAUUCUUUCAGCCAGACCCAAGGAACGAAAACUGAUGGAAGGCAUUAGGAGCAACUUGUAUAAGGGUGUCAGUUCAGCUCUGCCUGAACUUUCCACACUCAGGGUGGAUGAAGUCUACCAUGAUGUUCCAAGUGAUGUGGCUCCACUGAUAACAACUAUGGCUAUGGACAUUAAUGUUCCUCUGGUUGACUCUGCAUUUGGAAAAGUGCAAGAAGGAAGUGUGUUAUCCUAUCAUAUGCCAGCAAAAAGAGUUCCAAAAACCUGUCCCCACACAGAUGCUCCUUCUCCCCCACAGCUGCCACUUCAGGGUUACAGGCUGGGACCCGCUACCUGCUCUUUUGUCUGCACUGAACAUCAGCAGCACCACAUGAUGUCCCUGGAAACAACAUUAGAGAACGCACACAAAAUUGCCAACAGCACAAAAGAGCAGAGUUCCUGCAUCGAGUGGCUCCAACUGAGGCGGCCCCGCAUCACCUCCUCCAAGUUCAGAGAGGUAUGUCACACCAGGGCACAGAGCUCUGCUGAAAAUCUUGCCAAAAGACUUCUGAGACCUAGCCAUCAGACUGCCGACAUGAGGAGGGGGCUUGACAUGCAACCUGCAGCAGUAGAGGAGUACUGCAGAGUAAGGGAGGUUAACCACUAUCCCUGCGGCUUUCUUAUCCACCCUGAUGCACCCUGCAUGGGGUCAUCACCUGAUGGCAUUGUGUACGAUCCAAAGGGGCAGACAGUGUUUGGCCUUGUUGAAAUUAAAUGCCCCAAUGUUGCAAGCUAUGUUGACUGCCCAUAUAUUAAGAUCAGUGAGGGCACACACACAUUAAGGAAAUCUCAUUCCUACUUUUGGCAAAUCCAGGGCCAGAUGUUGAUUUCUGGUUUAGACUGGUGUGACUUUGUUGUCUACACACAGGAGGACAUGUUUAUUCAGAGGAUUCCCAGAGAGAAUGAAAUCACCAAAACAAUGAAAGUAAAAAUUGAUUUUUUUUAUUUUUAUUGUUACCUCUUUGCUUCCCUAAAUAAUUAGAUUCUGAUUGCCUGUCACACUUCUUUAUAGAGUGCUGUUAAUUUCUCUUUUCUCCAUUUCUCUUACUGGCAGUAACUCUUAUUAGUUCAAUCCAUUUCAAAAUAUUUGUACAUAUAUAUUGAUUCAAGUUUUUAUAUUUUUUCUUAAUUGUAUUACUAUGUUUCUUGUUGUAUUAAUACUAAUCUAUUAUUAAAUUACAUGUUACAUGUUC